CCAAGCUUGACGUACCGACUAGAAAGCAGUCGCAUGGCUCUAUGGUGUCCAAUCGAUCUCUGACAUCUCUUGCUUCCAUUGUGGAAGAGGAUCACAGACGCAUCGAGGAAGAGGAGUAUGACGAGGAGGCCGUGGAGGAUCUUCGACCUUCGCCUGUGGUUCGCCUGCCCAGCCCUGCCGUCAAGGUGACUCCUGAUCUCCUGCGCUCUCCUGCUAGCGAUGACGACGAGGGCGUGGUCCUGAAGAGUUCUCGCUCCGAUCUCGACGUCAAGAGCGACACGGACACACCAGCUGCAGCGUUGGAACUUCCAGAACAUGGGACUAGCAAGAGCCAACCAAGUCCGCCUGUCCAACAGGACCAAACCAGCGCCCGCGCGCCCCCACCAGACGAGAUGGACGAGCUGGACGACGACGGAGCCGAUGGCAGCAUUGGACAGCGUGCCGCCCCGCAGGGAGAGGACUCGGCGGAUGGCCAGCUGCGAAGGCGCAAUCUCAGCAACGACCGUGCUGUCGCAUCCAGCUCCGCUCAGGGCGCCAAGAAUGCCGACAGCAGCAACUGGCUCCAAGCCUUCUUCCGUGUGCUCUUUGUCGACUGGAUCGGGGGGUUUGUCCGCCAAAUCUUCCACGGCAACCGCAAGUAG